AUGGAAGCGAUUUACAGAACACUGUCGAAUCCGGAUCAGAUGAGUACAGACGAGGGUAGUAGUGGCGAGGAUUCAGAUAACGAGGAGUUGGCCACUAAACUGGAGAGUAUGCUUGCUGCGAAUAAAGAUAACGAGGAGUUGGCCACUAAACUGGAGAGUAUGCUUGCUGCGAAUAAAGGUAAAAAAGGACUAUCAGCUGUUGAGAGGAAGAAAUUGGAAUUCGAACAAGAAGAGAAAGAACGGAAAGCACUGCAGAAAAUGUUGUCGGGUGACGCUAGUUCUGGUACAGGUACACCGAAACCCGAAAAGGACCAAACCAAGGAACCUCGUUAG